UCCGGGUGGUUUUCGUCAUGGCUUUACCUGCUGGAAGAACUGUGGUGUUUGUGACUGGAAACGCAAAGAAACUCGAAGAAGUCAUUCAGAUACUCGGAGACAGGUUUCCCUACAAACUUGUGUCAAAAAAGAUUGAUUUGCCUGAGUAUCAGGGAGAGCCAGAUGAGAUUUCUAUACAGAAGUGUAAGGAGGCUGCACGACAGAUUGAUGGACCAGUGAUAGUAGAGGACACAUGCCUGUGUUUCAGCGCUCUGGGGGGACUACCUGGUCCUUACAUCAAAUGGUUUCUUGACAAACUCAAGCCAGAGGGCUUGUACAAGCUCCUAGCUGGGUUUGAAGAUAAGUCAGCAUGGGCUCUCUGCACUUUUGCCUUCUGUGCUGGUAAAGAUGAACCUGUACAGCUCUUCAGAGGGAAAACAGAGGGGCAUAUUGUGGAACCCAGAGGACCUCGGGACUUUGGAUGGGAUCCCUGUUUCCAGCCAGUUGGAUUUGAGAAAACCUAUGCUGAACUCCCUAAGGAAGUGAAAAAUUCAAUCUCUCACCGCUACAGAGCACUUGCUGCCAUGUCUGAGCACUUCUCACAAAGCAAGAAGCAAAAGCAGGACGAAUAA